AUGAUGGCGUUAUCACCGCCGCCGCUGCCCUCGCGAUUUCCGUGCUGGUGCCGAGCCAUCUAUUCUUGGGGAGGAGAGUCGAAACGCGAUCUGGGAUUCAUCGAAGGCGACUUGAUCGAAUGUCUGAAUGCAGGAGACGGCUCGUGGUGGGUGGGCAGGCUGUUUCGGGAUCGGAGGACUGUUGGCUCCUUUCCAUCCAAUUUCGUCGAAGUGCUGCCAGAGGAUUUUCGGCCAACAAAGACACCGAGCCCAGUGCCGCCUAAUAUAGCAGCGUCUCAACCCAAGACUGUGCCGCAGAAAUCGAGAACUUUCCGGAAACCAUUUGAGGCCUAUGCAAAAGCACCGCAUUAUACAACAGCGAAACAGCCGGAAACAUUUCGAGAAACACCGAGAUCGCGGCUGCAAGACAAGCCGUCCCGGGAGACGACUGUAACGUCGCGAACCCGAGGAAACUCGACGCCGAAUCCAAGCACUGCGCUUGUCCUUGCAAGAAGUGCUCACGAAGAUAUCGCUCGCGCCCCUUCUCCUGCGCCUUUCCCCGCCAGUAGCUAUGCAUCAAGAGCUCCAUCACCGGCGCCGUCUAUUGGUCGUCCAGCAAGUCGGGUAGAGAAUAUAGCGCGAGAGGAUUCUCCACCGCCACCACCUCCUCCUCAUAGGCACGUUGCGCGGGCAGAAUCAACCGAUGCAACACAAAACUAUCAGUCAAUAUCAAGAGCUGGCUCUACGGUUUCAUACAACCCGCGUGACAUCUCGAGGCCAAGCUCUACCAUUUCCUACAACCCAGCAGAUAUAGCGAGACAAGGCUCGACAGUCUCCUAUAAUCCGGCGGAUAUAACGAGGCAUGGCUCUACCGUCUCAUAUAACGCAGAAGAUAUAAUACCAAGACACGGCUCCGCUGUCUCAUAUGACCACUACAAGUCAAGUCAGCGUCCUUCCAAUGGCUCUUACACCGACCUCCAAAAUGUGUCAAGGCAGGCGUCGUAUACCUCAUACGAUGAUGGUUAUGGAAACCAGAGGGACGGAUACCACACACCUAGGGGGGGCAGCUCUCAUCGGCCAUCAAUGGAGGGGAGCCAUAUGACGCCGUCACCGCUACGCGAAGCCAUGGAUGGAGUAAUGCAACAGCUGGAUCAAUUGGAAGGACUAGGAGGGAUUCGAGAGACGCAGUCGCCUGAGAGGCAGUACGAUCCUUGGUCUCCUGAGUCCUUUGAUAUGGUAUCCCCACCACCGCCACAGCAGAGACAAAAGUCACGGCAGCGGGCUGCUAGGCCUCUGACGUCAGUAGGUGUAUUGAGUCCCGACGAAGGCUAUGAGACUUGGAGCGGAGGAUCCUCACAAAAUACCUCGCAGCAAGACGGACAUCGUGAAAAAUUUUACGACCCGUCUCAGCUGAGCAAUUAUGUGGAAAGAAUGGAGAAGCAGAUCUCAAGAAUGCACCAGCAUAGCAUCAGUAUGCCAGAGAACCUAGAUGACGAUAAGCCUCCGCCUCCGCCUCCAAAAGGCCAGCCUUACCCUCGACCCAAAUCGUCUGCUGGAUCAACGGUCGGGGAGUUGGUCUCCUUUGACAAGAAAGCGCGUGGGCGAAGAUCGGUGUACGACAUGAUUCCGGGCAUCGAGCGCACCAAUACAACCAAAACAAACCAGACCAACGCUUCGACCGGCAACCAGAGCAACAGCAGCUCUUCGACACAGAGCAGCGGUAGGACGCUGUGGAGUGGUGUUUCUGCUGGCGGGUUUAGUUCUACGAGCGCAGGAAGCUUAGCUCGGACGGCCCACCGUACUCAAAGUGCGCUUAGUAUGCGCAACGAUAUCGAUGGUGACCGGCCAGACUCCCCAUUCACGGGUGUGACUUACCACAGCAGUCACGCCAGCAAUUUUGCCGGACAUGGAAGCAGCAUCGCCCGACCGAUAUCUCAGGUAGGCUUUCAUGAAGAACUCACCCCUGGAUUAGGUGGUCUCGUUGCGCCCAAGUCGCCGAAAAGGAACAUCUUCAAGAAGAUCUUCGAAUCAGCCAAGACAGGCGUUGCUAGUAAUCGGGGAAGCAUAGCCGCCGGCCAUAUGCCCAUCGUGAGGUCGUCGCCAUUUUCUCGCUUACAACAGCCACAUAGCGUGUCGCCGGGAGCAAGCAUGGCCUCGUUGAGCGGCGCCCGAUCUAGGCGCGAUGCCGCCCGAGAAAUGGGCCUUAACGCUGGCGUUGACUGGGUCCAAGUUCGGCGUGAUGUCAACCGAUCCAACUCCAUCAGUAAGAUCGAACGAACUGAGCGAAUGGAGCGCUGUCAGAUGCAAGACCAUCCCACUCUCAAUCCUAUCGACGAGCUCUAUGAGGGCAUCGAGGGCGAUGAAGGAGCGGAUGGCAUGCCUGUUCACAAACCGGAGAACUACCAUAUGAUUAAUCUUUCUCAAGUGGACAAGAAUUCUCGUUAUGUGAAAGAGCCGCCUCCAGGAACAACAGUGGCAACCCUCGCUCAGACUUAUAUCUGCAGACCGUACAGGAGUGACCUACAGCGGCUCCGAGCAAUAUUCACCUGGGUUGCUGAGAAGAUAUGCUGGGAAGAAGACUUUGAGGGCGAUGCUGAUACUCAGCGAACUAUCCAGGCACGGCGUGGGUGCGCAGAAGAGUAUGCCAUGCUCGUAAUGGAAAUGUGCUCUGCGGUUGGACUGCACUGUGAAGUGGUGAGGGGAUACUUGAAAGCCCCUGGUGAUGUACCGGACCUCAAUGUCAUGCCCAGGCCGAAUCACUGGUGGAACGCAGUCAUUGUUGACGAUGAAUGGCGCAUGAUCGAUGCUUGCCUAGCAAGCUCCUCCAACCCCAAGCGCGCUCUUUAUUCAAGUCUGAGCGGGCCAUCGGCGGACUUUUGGUGGUUCCUCGCACGGCCGACAGAGAUCUGCUGGACCCAUGUGCCCGAACACCACGACCAGCAACAUAUUGUGCCCCCAGUGGCCUAUAAUACACUUUUAAAUCUGCCAUGUGCAUGCCCGGCGUAUUUCAAGAAUGGACUCGAAUUGGUGGACUUCAACACCAGCUUGACAAGAAUAGAAGACCUCGAAAUGGUCCACAUCAUGUUCAACGUCCCGAGCGAUGUUGAAAUCGCAGCCGAGGUUGAAGCACGGGCAUUCACCAAGGACAACGACGGCGAUUUGUUUGAGAGUGGCGACGUUGUGAAGAAGAAGGCCCUGGCUCAGGCUGAGUGGUUCAACGGCUUGAAACGCUACACGGUAAAGGCCCUACUGCCCGGCGAUGAAGGCCAGGGCGUAUUAAAGGUUUAUGCUGGCAAAAGGGGCUUGAUGCAGAGCAUCAAAGACAUUCCUCAUCCUCUGGCCUUUACUCUCCCCAUCAUCCACACUGGCGAGAAUCCGCCAUAUGAAUUUGUAACACGACAUCCGACCCCCCACGCACAAAGGCACGACAUCUAUGUUGUCCAGCCUCAAUGUCAGCAAUUGGCUCUCAACAAUACCUUUGUCUUUGCAAUCAGGCAGCACCCCAGCUCCAUGUCGGGUAGCGCACAGUCAGCUCUCACGCCGGCAUCAAACCCCGGAUCGACAAGUCCUGUGCCUUUUGCUCGACCAUCAUCUGCCAUGAGCAUCAACGCUUCUAGUGCGAGCGGUAGUUCGGCUAGCGGCACGGUUGCCGGAAAGAAGCCGGCUAAGCUGGCAAUUCAGACACCAGGAGGCAAGAUUCUCCGUCUUAUGAGGAAAGAAGACCGCAAAGGGAUCAGCGUUGGAUCGAGGACCCCAGACGAGGAGGUUAGCGACGGCGGUACCUGGGAGACAAUCAUCAAGUGCUCCGAAAAGGGCCUUUGGAGAGGUCUGGUUCUUGCAGACCGCACCGCGCGAUGGUGCGUAUUUGCUGAAUGGACAUGCGUUGGUUAA